AACAACAACAACAAACAUGAGAUCGAAAAAAAACUGAAACGAAACUGCUGUGUUUUUUUCGGCUGAGUUGCGGACUCAUCAGCUUGGAAGCAGCCAGUGCAUGAUGCAUUUCUGGUUCAGAGGGCACACCAGCUGCCUUGAGCACCGCGGGCCGUAGGCGCUCGCUCACGGUGCUUCUUCGGUUUCUCUUUUUUUUAGGGUAGGUCUUUUGCUCAUAACAUGCUUCCAGUCGAGCCUCGUUUGAAACCCUUGGGCGCCACGAUUCUCCACUACGCGGAUGGUGCAGACACAAAGGUGGAAUUCAAACGCUGUCAUUCCUACAGCGGUUACAUCCCUUAUGGCUUGAGCGAUGCAGAUGCCAAGUCAGAUUGUUCUGUGGAGGAUGCGGAUCCAUGCGACGUGGUGUGGCCCGGCACCGAUGAAGAACACGAGGCUCCUGUGCGCCCACCGGCGGCCGCGAGUGGAUCGAGUGGAUCACAGGAGCCGGUGAACGUUCAGCGUGAACGGGAUCGAGCCACUAUGGGAGAAAAGGUUAUCGUAGGAUUUGGGAGGGCACUGCGAAAGGCCGUGAGGGAUACGGAUAGCACAACGGCUGGUCACAGCUUCUUUGAUUCUGGCGGAAAGAACAUGGAUUUGGACGACUUCAUUUGGGGGCUUCAUCAACGUGCAGGUGCUCCCCCGGUAUCUUUUGUCUAUGCCUUCGUUUAUAUUUGCAGGAUGUCCGAGAGCCAGAUGGAAGAACUGAAUCCCCGCACAGUUCAUCAUUUACUCCUAGCAGCUGUGACCAUUGCUGCGAAGAUGCAACAGCCACAAAGCUUCGACGUCAAUCUCUAUGCACAGGCGGGGCACGUCACAUGUGAGCAGCUUCAGCUUUUGGAAGCGAAGUUCCUGGAGUUGUUGCAGUGGAACGUGGAUGUUUGCCACAAGAGCUUCAGAAGGAUUUUCCGCCUCCUGAGCCAAGCAGCUGCUUAGCAUCGUAUACAUGGCAUAUGGCAGCCAUGGUGACGACUGAUGUAAAGCCUCGACCUUGACAUGGCCUUUCUCGGCAGCUUCUCCGUGCAUGACUUUGAAGAGAGAUUGGAAGCAAAAGAGAACGCUGGCUGGGAGUUUGACAUAUUUUGAAGAACUGAUCAUUCAUCUUC